GAUUAGAUUACAUAAUCCUAAACUAUUAAAGACCCUACUGUGUAAUUUCCAUACGUGUGUCCUUUGUUGGAGCACUAUAUAAAUCAGAGCAAGUCUCCAUUUUGGAAGUAACACAGUCGACUCUCUCACCAAAAGAUUAAAAAUAACACAGUGGGCUAGCCGUUUUGAUUACACUCAGAAUUCAGAAAUGGCUCCAAAAACUUCCAAGGCAUCAUCGAGGCGGGCAGGUAAAUCAUCGAUAAGUAUAUGGGCAGCCCAAUGUGGGAAAUGCUACAAAUGGAGGAAAAUUUCAACACAAGAAGAGUAUGAGGAAAUUAGGUCCAAGUUUAAUGAAGAACCGUUUCACUGCGAAAACAAAUCCAAUGUUUCUUGUGAGGAUCCAGCAGACCUUGAGUACGAUUCUUCACGAACUUGGGUCAUUGACAAGCCCAAUGAGCCUAAAACCCCAACAGGGUUUAAGAGAGAAUUGCGUCUUAGGAGGGAUAACUCAAAAAUGGAUGCUUAUUAUUUCACUCCUUCGGGAAAGACACUUAGAUCUACUACAGACGUGAGUACUUUUCUUCAGCAAAAUCCUGAGUUCAGUGAGCUGUCAACCAAAGACUUCAGCUUUACGACCCCUCACAUUAUGGAUGAUACUAUACCCUCCACAAGCACUAAAUGAGGGAGUCGAUGGAGCUGAAAUUUUAGGUUUAUUUGCUCUGUAGACACUGUUUUUAGACUGCGGGUAUGCUUAAAUGCUCAACUUAUUCGCCAUGUAUUGUUCUUUUUCAUCUUUUGUUGAUAUAAAAAAUCUCUUAUAUAUGCAAAAAUCAUCUUUUUUGUUGGUAUAAGUGAAGAAAGGAAAAUAUCUUGGCCUUCUUUUCUUUGAUUUAGCUGAUAACUUGAUUUCUCAUUUCUUAAGGAGAAAAACUUAGAAAUU